AUGGUGAAGGGUAAGACAUCCAUGGGUAGGCAGAAGAUCGAGAUGAAGCGAAUCGAGGGUGAGGAGUCGCGUCAUGUAUGCUUCUCCAAGCGCCGCCAAAGCAUGUUCAAGAAGGCUUGUGAGCUCUCCAUUCUAUGCAGUGCGAUGGUCGCUAUCGUCGUCUUCUCCCCUGGUGGUAGGCCCUUCUCCUUUGGUAGUCCCUCUUUUAAGGCCGUGUUCAAUCGCUUCCUCGCUUUGACCGUCCCCGCUACGAGUGGCGAGAGUUGUGAUAGUAGUAAUGGGGAGACAAACACCACGCAUGAGAGUUUAGAGUGUUCAGAGUUAGAACAAUCAAUUGAGGGUGAGAAGAAGAGAGAGAAGAUGUUAAAGGAGGCGGUUGAGUGUGAUACGGAUGGACGUGUGAUGGAUUUGUUGACUACGAAAGUCUAUACAUCAGGGCUUGAUGAGUUGCAGGAAUUCCACAAGAAGCUUGCAGCAAUACAAGGUAUUGUCAAAGAAAAGAUCAAGCAGGUGCUGCAAGAAGAAAGCCACCCAACAAAGCCAUUUCCACCUGCUUUCAUGGAUUUGGCUUCAAAGUACCUGCUUGAUAGGCUGAUUGCCACACGCAUUCCUUCCAUGGCUCCAAAUUCCAACCAUGGAGUUGCUGGUGGGCUUGAUGUCAAUGCCUCCUUGGCUAGCAGUGUCUAUGCUGUUGGUACCCCGCCGAAAUAUCCCAGCAAUCAACUUGACGGGUGA